UUCUCGCUGCUCUAGCCGCUCUCUAGGGAUCGAGCAGCCGAUAUGGCGAGGGUCGACCGGGAGCUAUUCUCCACUGAAAUCGUGAACCGGGGCAUCGAGGACUCCGGUCCUUACGCCGGUUCUGUCAACAUCUCCGUGAGGGUGAGGAGAGCGCUGCCAGAUUUCCUCAGCUCCGUGGACUUGAAGUAUGUGAAACUCGGAUAUCAUUACCUUAUCAGCAGCGGCUUCUAUUAUGUAGCAGCUCCUGUUUUGUGCGGCAUUCUGGGUGUGGAGAUUGGGAAGGUGAUUGCAUGGAAGUAUUCGAGUCCCGAAAUCUUAUAUGUCUAUCUCGGACUCGUACCCCGUUCGACCUACCUGGUUGAUUUCGCUUGUUUUCGUCCCCCGGAUGAGUUCAAGAUAUCGAAAGAAGAAUUCAUAGAGCUCGCCAGAAAAUCGGGUAAGUACAGCGACGGAGCAAUCGUUUUUCAGGAGGGGGUUCUGAAGAGAUCAGGCAUUGGAGACGAGACAUACUUGCCGAGAGCGGUCUUUCGUCCUGAGCCUACAAUAACACUGAAGGACGGGCGAGAAGAGGCUUCCAUGGUGAUUCAUGGCGUUGUGGAUGAGCUACUCAGUGCUACUAAAGUGCAGCCACAGGACAUCGGCAUCCUUGUAGUGAAUUGCGGGUUCCUAAGUCCAACUCCGUCGCUCUCCGCCAUGCUCAUCAACCAUUACAGGCUCAGGCAGGACAUCCACAGCUUUAACCUGGGCGGGAUGGGUUGUGCUGCAGGAGUCAUAGCAGUGGAUCUGGCUAGGGACCUUCUGGCUGCCCAUCCUGGCCAGUACGCGCUCGUGGUCAGCACCGAAGCGGUGAGCUACACCUGGUACGACGGCAAUGACUUCGACAUGCUCCUUCCGAAUUGCUUCUUUCGGAUGGGUGCUGCUGCCGUGUUGCUUUCUAGCUGCCACCUCGAUAGAUGGCGCUCCAAGUAUGAACUCAAGCAGCUUGUUCGUACUCAUAAAGGCGCAGAAGAAAGGAGCUUCAGAUGCAUACAUAUGAAGGAAGACACCCGAGGUGCCCGAGGACUUUCCGUGAGCAAGGACGUGAUUGGAAUAGGAGGGAAUGCGCUCAAGGACAACAUCACGACACUCGGCCCCCUCGUGCUCCCCGUUUCCGAACAGCUUCACUUCUUCAACAACUUCCUCUUCAAGAAGGAGACCUCCAAGCCUUACCUUCCCAACUAUAAGCUCGCUUUCGAGCAUGUCUGCAUCCUGGCGACCAGCAGAAAGGUCCUUGACGAGAUACAGAAGAACCUUGACCUCACUGACGAAUACAUGGAAGCAUCACGGAGGACGUUGGAGCGAUUCGGCAACACGUCGAGCAGCAGCAUCUGGUAUGAACUCGCUUACCUGGAAGCGAACUCUAGGAUAAGGAAAGGCGACCGGGUUUGGCAGUUAGCAUUCGGCUCCGGAUUCAAAUGCAAUAGCGUUGUCUGGAAGGCUCUCAAGAGCACGAGGCAGCACUCCCAUAACCCUUGGAUCGACCCUCUUCGUGUAGAGGCUCGAAUCUAA